AUGGAACAGAACAUUCGGUGCGGACGGAGCUUCCCCACAGGGGAUCCUCACGUCAUAAUCUCCACCGACGCCUCCAAUGAGGGCUGGGGAGCCUCCCUUCCCCCUCGACAAGCUGCAGGCACUUGGGACGACAACACUCGGUCCCUACAUAUCAAUGUUCUAGAACUCCAGGCUGUAGUCAAUGCCCUACACCACUUUCAAGCAGACGUAGUGGGUCGGUCUGUUCUAAUCAAGACCGACAACACGACAGUGGUAGCAUAUAUCAACAAACAGGGUGGUACAAUAUCACCCCAGCUGUGCUACUGGACUUGGGAAAUGUUUCAGUGGCUAAUCAGACACAAAGUCGAUCUACGUGCCAUUCACAUUCCUAGUGCGGAAAACGACAUAGCGGACUCUUUCUCCAGGGGCAAAGUAGUUCCCACGGAGUGGUCAUUGAACAGGAGGAUCGUACGUCAGAUCUUCUCAAUCCUAGGUCGUCCACACAUAGACCUGUUCGCCUCAGCAGUCAACACUCAGCUCCCGGUGUUCUGCUCAAGAGCCCAUCAUCCUCAUGCAUGGGCCUCGGACGCAAUAGACUGGACAAACAUGUUCGCUUACGCCUUCCCCCCAAUCUCAAUCCUUACAAAGGUCAUCGGGAAACUGGAGAGAGACAGGUGCAAGAUGCUGCUGAUCGCCCCCUUUUGGCCGCGUCAGCCCUGGUUUCCGCGACUGGUGAGGCUCCUAGUGGGCUCCCCUCUAAUCCUCCCAGAUCGUCACGACCUACUCGUUCAACCUCAGUCCCGGUUCCGACACCCAUCUCCGGGAGAUCUCCACUUAACGUGCUGGCCACUGUCAAGCGUGCCUACCGAGCAGCAGGUCUUUCUGAAGACGCUGCAGCUCUGGCCGCAAAGGGACGUCGUCUCUCAACACGACAAAUCUAUGACAGUCGAUUACGACAUUAUAGUAGGUGGUGCGCAGAACAGGCUGUGGAUCUGCUCUGUGCUUCUUUAA